CAUCAAUCAGCCUGAACAUGUCAUAGACUAUUAAUCCAAACUAUUUAUGUAUGCACAUCGCGUAUGUUAAUGUGUUUAUAACGCAUACACACGCACACACACACGCUUAAAUGCGCACACAUGCGAGCGCAAUCGCCAACACGCCAUGCACCUAUGGAAUUUAUGGUGGCUGCUCAUCAUCGGCCACUGCUGGAAUCUCUUCAAAAUAGCCGUUUUAGUUGAUGCGAGCAUACUAAACACCAUCUUGGGCGUACCCAGUGAGUGCAUGCACCAGAGCAGCGUGUGGCCGUGCAAAUUGUCGUUUUCCUGUUGGCUGCAAGGCGGCCGUCAUGCCAAGGGUUGUGGCAGCAACAAGUGGCUAUUUUCAUGCUGCAUCGGUGGCAGUGGCGGUGGCAGCUUCAAUGCCAACAUUGCCGCAUCCAACCAUGCCGCCGGCCCAGCAGCUAUGCCGUAUGGAGCCUUAUACGGGGACGCGAAUUCAGCGCCAGUUGCCAACUUAGUUGGCAACGCAAUCAACGAAUAUAAGCGACUGACAGCCAGUGGUUUUGGUGGCGGCGGCGUUAGUGGCGGUGGUGGUGGCGUGCUACCCAAACGCGUAAUGCUGAAGCGACGCAACGAGAAUGAUGUUUUCGCAAAGUCUGAGUGCGGUUUGCCGCGCGCCACACAACGCACGCUCCAAAAGCGCAUCAUUGGUGGCCGAACAGCGAAUUUCGCCGAAUAUCCUUGGCAGGCGCAUAUACGCAUAGCGGAAUUCCAGUGUGGCGGUGUGUUGGUGUCGCAGAAUAUUGUCGCUACAGCGGCGCAUUGCAUACAACAGGCGCGCCUGCAGGAUAUAUCAGUCUACCUGGGCGAAUUGGAUACACAGAACCUGGGGCAUAUACACGAACCACUGCCGGUGGAAAAGCACAACGUCAUACAGAAGAUUGUGCAUCCGCGUUUUCAGUUGCGCAUGACACAGCCGGAUCGUUUCGAUGUGGCGCUACUCAAGCUAGCCAAGCCGACGAGGUUUAGUGAACACAUUUUGCCCAUUUGCUUGCCACUAUUUCCCAUCACAUUGAUUGGACGCAAGGGUCUAAUCGCUGGUUGGGGCAAGACCGAGGCGAGCAUGGGCCAUGCGGGCACCAAUAUGUUGCAAGUGGCCACAGUACCAAUCAUAACUUCCUUCGACUGCGUACGCUGGCACGAAAGCAAACGCAUCAAUGUGGAACUCUAUGGCGAAAUGUUUUGUGCGGGACACUCAGAUGGGCAUCAGGAUGCAUGUUUGGGCGAUUCUGGUGGGCCGUUGAUUGUAAAGGAACGCGGCCACUUCAUUUUAGUUGGCAUCACCAGCGCCGGCUUCGGCUGCGGCGUCGAUCAUCAGCCGGGCAUCUAUCACAACAUACAAACGACUGCCAAAUGGAUACAGGAGAUGAUUGUGCGGCAUGCACCGACAAAUGUUUUCCAAUAAUUUAGAUCGCUUUUGCU